AUGGAAAUGAAAAAUUUUACUGGAGGUGAAAACCCGCAAACAGUUGCAGGACGUUACUGCUCUGUGGAAUUUACUGGAGAGGUACAUGGCGAGCUCGUUUUUCUCUCUGUCAUCGACAUUUUUUUGUCAAUUACAGCAUUUUUGGGGAAUACUCUGAUCCUCUUUGCCUUUCGCAAGGACACAUCAAUUCAUCCGUCAUCCAAACUCCUGUAUCGUAACCUAGCGAUAACCGAUCUUUGCGUUGGUAUCAUUGCGGAGCCUCUACGCGUUGCUUAUAUGAUCUCUGUGGUGAACAGAAGACGGGUUAUUUGCUAUUACGCAUAUUUGACAGCAUAUUUCGCAGGUGUUACUUUGUGUUCAGUGUCAUUGAUAACACUGACUGCAAUAAGCGUGGACAGACUUCUCGCUUUGCUACUGGGUCUCAGAUACAGACAAGUCGUAACUUUGAAAAGAACACGUUUUAUUGCUAUUGGUGGUUGGAUUGUGUCCGUUGUCGGUGCAUCUGCAUCCUUUCUGAAUCGUCUUAAAGUUUCAUUGUUCGUAUAUAUUGUUACAGCUUUUUGUUUAGUCACUACAAUCUGUACCAACACAAAAAUCUUCAUGUCUCUGCGUCAUAACCAAAUUCAUGUUCAGAACCAUGUUGACCAAGGACAAUCGAGCCAAGUAAAUACACUGAAUAUAGCUCGAUACAGAAAGGCAGUAUACAGUGCACUGUGGGUGCAGGUAACAUUGGUUAUUUGUUAUCUGCCUUACGUUAUAGCUAAAGCUUUAACACCUCAAAGGGGGAUGCCGUUAUCUACUUACCCCCUUGCCAGGGGAUUUACACUUACUUUAGUGUAUUUAAACUCGUCGUUAAACCCGUUUCUGUACUGCUGGAAGAUCACAGAAGUGAGACAAGCUGUAAAAGAAACAUUACAACAACUACACUUCUGUACCUGAACUAAGACUUAGACUAAGAACAUUUACUAACGAACUUGAUAAGAAAAUAUGUAUGAGAAAACCAGACAUAUUUCCUAGUCCGAAUUGCACCUUUCACAUUGUUUUCUGUUUCAUUGCAGAUUGUAAAGACCCAAACAAAAUCAUUUGUUUAUGUUAAAAAGUUUAAUGAUCAUAAAACAAAACGAAAAUAUCACUAAAACUAGUCAGUUAGCUAAUUAGUUCUCUGGCAAUGAAGAAUACGAAGCAGGGACACAUAUUCUUAAAGAAAACAGCUCACUUGCUCGCAACAUCACACCGACAAACUCUUUUGACUAAUGUUUUUUAAAGCCAGAAGACAAUCAGAACCUAUCAGAGAGCUUUGCUGUUCUGCGGAAUUUACUGGAGAGGUACAUGCAUGGCGAAGUUAUCUUGAAAAUACACUGCAUAAAUAACAGCUGUUGAUAACCAUAAUAGCCACUAUGUUCAUAGUAUACUGAUCAAGUUUAACAAACGUCUUAGUUCAGUUUGAAAAAACUAAUAAGGGCGCAAAAAUAUUACUUUUCCGAAUGCUUUUUCAAAAUCAAACAAUGUUUAUUGUGGGAUAAUGAGGGCCAGUACAUGAUGUAAGUUAAAUUUGAUGGCCAAUAAAUACACAUUAACAGUGUUCUGUUGCCUAACACGGGUCAUUUUAAUAAAAGUUUGCGAGCAUACGAAGGCUUUUGUUUUUAGAUAUAAUGAAAAGUGAACCAUUAUGCUUCUAGUUUGCAGGUGACGUCACAGCGGCCAUCUUGGUCGUCAAGAAGAAAAGCAUUUCUCUUCUCUGGGAAGUAACCACUAUUUUCAUGUAAAUUCUUCGAGAAAACAAUUCUUUUUUACUGACCCCAACAUGGUCGCCUUGUCACGUGCUUGCAAACUACGAAUACCCACAUGGUAACGUGAUAUCAAUGGAGGAGAAGGGGCUGUCAUCAGUCCUCCUAGGGGGAUUGCUCAGAUGACUAACUAUUACCUACUGCUGUUAUUUGCCAUCGUAUAAAUUAUUUUAUCCAAAAUAAAGUCUGUUGCACGGUCGAAUUAUAGCAGGAAUUAUAAGUAGCAAAAGCGAAGUACUUUCUCAGCCAAGAGCUAAAGAAGACUCAUAAACAGUGCUUAAAGGAUGGAACAUCACCAUAUGGCCCUAGGGCACGAAACCCCCUCUUUUACAAAAAUGGGCCUUGUGUUCAUAUAACAGUUGAGUACGCCACCAGCACUGCUAACUUUUGUCCCCUCUCACUUUCAAAUUCGUUCUUACGGGCCCUCAUGACAACUGAAGACAGCAUAUCUCGGAAAAAAAAGCGGCCAGAAAACUGCUUCGAUUUGAAAGUUUGGCUGAGCUUGGUAAUUUGAAUUACGCGUCACACAGAAAAACAGGAACACGUUGAUUUGCCCAACUGAUUGUUUGGUAAAUAAUAUAAUAAAAAUCGGAGAAAUGGUAGUCUUUUGUUGUUUUCAGUUUAUUUGUAAUUAAACUUUAAUCUGAAUAAUUGUUAUAGGUAAGUGCAUCAAUCUUAGCCAUCGGUAGCGGUCCGGCAAACUGUGAAAGUUUUACCUCGAAUUAUGGAUUGCUUACCAGUUUUACCAGCCUACGUAAUUCAGUUUACUUUAACAAAGAGAAGAAGAACAACAGUCAACAAGCUGUAAACUAAUCGAACAACAGAUAGAGGGGCUAUGUACAAGUUGCUGCAUAUGGGGAAAGUAUAUAUAUAUAUAUAUAAUAUAUAUAUAUAUAAUUUUACCUGGAUUUUUGAACUUGGUUUAGCAAAAAAAAUCAACUCACUCUACUACUUGGCAAUUUAGAACAAUGAAAAAUCAUUAAAAGGCCGAUUAAAAGCCUUUAUCUGACACCGGACAGUAAGUCAGUAGUGGUCCCUAGAAGUAUUUCAACGAGUCACAAUUUUAAUGAUGUCAAGUGAUUUCUUCACCGUUCUUUGAAGUUUAAUAGUCGGUUGCAGGCAAUUUCCUUCAAGAGGACAUUCCCGUUUCUUGACGGUAAUUGCCUGAGACGAAACGUGAUUUACCGAGCGACUGGAACGACUCGAACAACAACAGAAUCAUACAUUGGACUCAGUAGCCACUAACUUCAAAGAACAGUACAGAAAUCACUUGACAUCCUUCCGUCACGCGAACAGAAGAAACGAGACGGAACUGUCCAAGCGAAUGUGGACUCUCAAAGAUGCCUACAGAUCCUUUCACGUGCAGGGGAAAGCACUCAGGAAUUGUAAACCAUAUGACAAGGCUAGCAAAAAAUGUAAUCUGUGCCUCGAAAAAAAAAUUUUUAUCAUUUGUGAAAAACACCAACGUACUCUGAACAAAAGAAACGAAUUAGCAAGUUCAUGCCCCUACAGAAAUAGAUUCACUCUCAGAAAUUUUAGAAUAACGUAACGCAACGCAACGAAACCGCACGGAUCCCGAAAAACCCAUUGGGGAACCUCUAUACCUCCGUGCCUACUUUGUGUCUAUUUACAAACGUUUUAAUCACUCUCCGUCUGCCUCUUUACCAGCCGCUCGCAAUCGCAUAUUCAGAGACUUUUUCAAAUUGGCUUCCUAGUACAGAACGGACUUUAACUUCUCAAAGUUCCUUCCUCACUAGGCCUUGAAUUUUGGAAUAAUUAUUACUUUAAUUUAUUAAAACUGCUUUUCUGCUGAAGAUAAUAGAAGUAAGACAUGCUGACAAGGUGCAUGUAGCAGUCAUAUAAGGAAGACAGAUAUAUUAAAAAAGAGUUCAGUUGACUGUAGCCGCAUCGCAGAAAAGUCAUGGAAAUGAAAAAUUUUACUGGAGGUGAAAACCCGCAAACAGUUGCAGGACGUUACUGCUCUGUGGAAUUUACUGGAGAGGUACAUGGCGAGCUCGUUUUUCUCUCUGUCAUCGACAUUUUUUUGUCAAUUACAGCAUUUUUGGGGAAUACUCUGAUCCUCUUUGCCUUUCGCAAGGACACAUCAAUUCAUCCGUCAUCCAAACUCCUGUAUCGUAACCUAGCGAUAACCGAUCUUUGCGUUGGUAUCAUUGCGGAGCCUCUACGCGUUGCUUAUAUGAUCUCUGUGGUGAACAGAAGACGGGUUAUUUGCUAUUACGCAUAUUUGACAGCAUAUUUCGCAGGUGUUACUUUGUGUUCAGUGUCAUUGAUAACACUGACUGCAAUAAGCGUGGACAGACUUCUCGCUUUGCUACUGGGUCUCAGAUACAGACAAGUCGUAACUUUGAAAAGAACACGUUUUAUUGCUAUUGGUGGUUGGAUUGUGUCCGUUGUCGGUGCAUCUGCAUCCUUUCUGAAUCGUCUUAAAGUUUCAUUGUUCGUAUAUAUUGUUACAGCUUUUUGUUUAGUCACUACAAUCUGUACCAACACAAAAAUCUUCAUGUCUCUGCGUCAUAACCAAAUUCAUGUUCAGAACCAUGUUGACCAAGGACAAUCGAGCCAAGUAAAUACACUGAAUAUAGCUCGAUACAGAAAGGCAGUAUACAGUGCACUGUGGGUGCAGGUAACAUUGGUUAUUUGUUAUCUGCCUUACGUUAUAGCUAAAGCUUUAACACCUCAAAGGGGGAUGCCGUUAUCUACUUACCCCCUUGCCAGGGGAUUUACACUUACUUUAGUGUAUUUAAACUCGUCGUUAAACCCGUUUCUGUACUGCUGGAAGAUCACAGAAGUGAGACAAGCUGUAAAAGAAACAUUACAACAACUACACUUCUGUACCUGA